UUUCUGCGUAAAUAAAUAAACGGAAAUUGUUUGAAAAAAUAAUAAUAAUAAUUAGUUGAAUACAUAACGAAUCUAUUUACUUAAGGCCAUCCCAAACCCAAAAAUGCGAAGUUGAGCGUAAUAAAGGAACGAAAAUUGCAGAAAGCAGCUGUCGCUGUUCUGGCCAGAGCUAAAGGUGAAUAGAGUUCAUUCAGUAUUCUGCUAUUACGUGUGCGCUCUGUAGCCGCCGGGAGUCGAAGAGACCACAAGUGGCCCCAGUCCCAUAGCCCAUAUGUGUUUGUAUUUGACUGUGCGUGUGUGAGGUUUCAAGAAGCUGCGCUGCCAAAAAAAGAAACAAAGCGAACAGAACAGAGAGUACACCGUUCGGCAUAAUCAAUUAAUAUGCCAAGAAAUAAUAUGCCCACGUUCCCGCUGGUGCUGUGCACAGUGGCCGUGUUCGCUGCUGUCGGCCCAAUGCCCGCCUUCGGAGCCGUUGCCACGCAUAAGCAUUCGGCACACGAGAAUCACUUGAGUAAGGAGCGGGUAAAGGAUGGAAUCUAUGCCCCGAGGGAUGCUCACCAUCAUGGCGAGGAUGGCGAGCAUAAUGUGGAGUUCGACCACGAGGCCAUCAUUGGCAAUACGAAAGAGGCGCAGGAAUUCGACACGCUGUCGCCGGAGGAGUCGAAACGGCGCCUGCUGGUGCUGGUUAAACUAAUGGAUCUCAACAAGGACGAGUUUGUUGACCGGCAUGAACUAAAAGCAUGGAUAUUAAGGUCUUUUAAAAAGCUGUCCGAAGAAGAGGCAGCUGAUCGCUUUGACGAAAUCGACCAGGAAACGGAUGAGAGAAUCACAUGGAAAGAGUACUUACAGGACACCUAUUCCAUGGAAGAUGAGAAUUUCAAGAAAGAGACAAUCGACUUUGACAAUUACGAAGAGGAGCAGAAAAUGAUCAAGCAGGAUAAGGAGAUGUUUAAUGCAGCUGAUAUAAACAAGGACGGCGUCCUGAGUCUUGAGGAGUUUGUGUACUUCCACAAUCCCGAGGAACAUCCCCAGAUGCUGCCCAUACUCCUGGAGCAUACCAUGCAGGACAAGGACUUGAAUCACGAUGGCAAGAUUAAUUUCCAGGAGUUUGUGGGUGAGGCUGCCUCACAUCACGACAAGGAAUGGCUGCUAACAGAGAAGGAGCGCUUCGACAAGGAUCACGAUAUCAACGGGGACGGUGUGCUCACGGGAAAUGAAGUGCUCUCCUGGAUAGUGCCCAGCAAUACUGCCAUUGCUAGCGAUGAGGUCGACCAUCUGUUUGUCUCUACCGACGAGGAUCACGACGAUCGUCUCUCCUAUCUGGAGAUUCUCAACAACUAUGAGACUUUUGUGGGCAGCGAGGCUACCGAUUAUGGAGACCACCUGCAAAACAUAAAUCACUUGGCCGAUGAGCUAUAAUAUGUAUAACGAAUGAACUCUGCUUUAGACAGAUAUUGAAACUGUGUAGAGCAUUCUACACUUGUGUACUUCCCAUUUGUAAAGUUAGGAAAUGUAUGUUUUAUUCAUGUAAAUCCAAGUUUCCCCCAAAUGACGCAAAAAUCAAUAUAACUAAUUAGUUUUGAGCGUUUUUUUUUACGAAUUUCAUGUACAUGUCUUGCUUGCCAUCUAUGAAUACCAAUUAAAUUAUGUGUAGUAAUUUAUACAGACACCAAAUCUACAAUAAUCAUAAUAAGAAUAAUGUAAUAAAUCAUUUUUACUAAAAUA